GUUCCCCCCCCCUCGACCCCCAGCCAUGAACAAGCAGCCCAGUAAAGAGAGUCUGAAGGACAAGGUGAAGGGGAUAUUUGGUCUGGGAACCCCUCGACCCCCCAGCAAACAGACAGAGAGCAAGCCCUCAGAGUUCAUCAUCACACUAGAUAUACUCAAGGUAUGGAAGAGUAUGAUGCUACACACACACACUCCACAUACAUACUGUACAUGCACACACACACACACACUCCACAUACACACACUCAUACACACACACUCCACACACACACAUACACACACACUCCACACACACACACACACUCCACACACAUACAGUACACACACACACACAGACACACACACACACCCACACAUACACACACACACACACACUACACACACACUCCACAUACAUACUGUACAUACACACACACACUCCAUACACAUACACACACACACACUCCACACUCAUACACACACACACUCCACACGCAUACUCAUACACCACACACAUACACACACACAUUCACACACACAUAUACACACACACACUCCACACACAUACACACACACUCCACACACACAUACACGCCACACACACACACACACUCCACAUACUAACUGUACAUACACACACAAUCAGUUUUCUGUCACUGACCAUCUCACUGUCUUUCUCUUCAGGAGCUGCACCCUGACUGUGGCCUUAGCAACAGAAUCCGGGUUGCUAACCAUGUCUGUGACCUGGCCAAGGCCAAGAAGUUUGAGGAGGUGAGAUAGAGAAUGGAAGGCUGCGGGUGUGGUCUGGUUUUGUAGCACGCCAUGGAGGUGUGUGUGUGUGUGUAGACGGGUUAGCUAACAAUGUCACGAAAACGAUGCGCAACUUCAAUGGGGCAGAAGUCUGUGUGUUGUUGUGAUUCUGCAGGGCCACAUAGCAACAAUGAAAGAAGCUGCCAUGUGGGGAAUCGUAUGUGGCUCAUUUCAUCUAGUUGUAUCUGGUUCUUGAUACCAUGUCUUGUUUUGAGGUGUUUUGACUGAUGACACGUCUAAGCUAAUACUGGUUAAAACCCACUAGCUAGCUAACCAACAACUGUAACAAUGUAUUUGAGAGACAAGUGCUCACUGUGCAAAUUUAUUUAUGGUUUCAAUAAACAUUUGGAGACUAAAUAUGUUGUCAACAAUCUAAGCCAACCCUGUCUGUUUCGCACCAUAGUUGCGCACACGUCGGUUUUGUUGCUGUUAAUCGGGUGUGUAUUAAUCUGUGUGUAUGUUAAUGUAUGUGUGUGUGUGUUUUACAGCAUGCGGUGGAAGCAGUAUGGAAGGCGGUGGAGGACAUGCUGACUCCAGAACAGCCCCCUGAAGCUAGACAUGCUGUCCUGCUGCUCCUCAGAGCUAUCAUUCAGGGACAGGUAUACACACACACACACACACACUGGGACACACUCACUCACUCACUCACUCAUACUAAAGCAGGCACCACAGAUAACUUCAGGGAACAAGCAAGUAUGUUGAUUUCCUGUGUAUGUUGCCUCCCUCUCUCUCUGUGUGUCUAUCAGGGUGAGCGUCUGGGUCCACUGCGGGCCUACUUCUUCAAGGUGAUCAGAGACUACCAGCCGUCCAAUGAGGACCUGUCUGACAGGCUGGAGGUGUUCAAGGCCCUGACGGAGAACGGGAAGGAUAUCACUUACCUGGAGGAGGACAUAGGUGAGAGACACACCUUCCUUCCAACAUCAAUUAUUUUUGCACAUUGACAUGUGAUAUAGAUCGUUCCAUCCCAGUCUUUUGACAGACGUUACAAUACCAUUUAUGUUACGGAGUCAGUCCACCAGAUAUUAACUUGCCCAACUGGGACCCUUAGAAAGAUAUUGACUGAUUGGUAAAGAUAUUGACUGAUGGGUAAAGAUAUUGACUGAUUGGUAAAGAUAUUGACUGAUUGGUAAAGAUAUUGACUGAUUGGUAAAGAUAUUGACUGAUUUGGUAAAGAUAUUGACUGAUUUGGUAAAGAUAUUGACUGAUUGGUAAAGAUAUUGACUGAUUGGUAAAGAUAUUGACUGAUUGGUAAAGAUAUUGACUAAUUGUUAAAGAUAUUGACUGAUUGGUAAAGAUAUUGACUAAUUGUUAAAGAUAUUGACUAAUUGUUAAAGAUAUUGACUGAUUGGUAAAGAUAUUGACUGAUUUGGUAAAGAUAUUGACUGAUUGGUAAAGAUAUUGACUGAUUGGUAAAGAUAUUGACUGAUUGGUAAAGAUAUUGACUGAUUGGUAAAGAUAUUGACUAAUUGUUAAAGAUAUUGACUGAUUGGUAAAGAUAUUGACUGAUUGGUAAAGAUAUUGACUAAUUGUUAAAGAUAUUGACUGAUUGGGCUCCCGAGUGGCGCAGUGGUCUAAGGCACUGCAUCGCAGUUCUAGCUGUGCCACUAGAGAUCCUGGUUCUAAUCCAGGCUCUGUCGUAGCCGGCCGCGACCGGGAGACCCAUGGGGCGGUGCACAAUUGGCCCAGCGUCGUCCAGGGUAGGGGAGGGAAU